CUGUUUGUGUCUUUGUGUUCUUUACAGUUUUCCUUUCUCAUUUGUGGAUCUCCGUUUUUGCCUUUGUGUGUUCUUGCUGCCAUUUUGCAUCUCUCUCUUUUGAGGGAUUUUGUGUCUUUUUCAAGCCAGUGUGUUUCAUUUUUGUGAUUUUAUCAUCCCAUUAUCAUUACAAUUGAACUUGUAUUGCACUUCAAGUUGAUUACUCUCCAACUUUCUGUUGUUGAUCUCUCUGUUUCCCCGUCUUUUUGCAACUUUAACUUGUGUUUAUUUGCUUGUUCGUCUGUAUUGAUCUGGUUUUACUGUGGAUUUUUUGUUGUUGUUGUUUGUUUUUGGCUUUUUAUGUCUUUUCUUGUCAGUCUGUUUGUAUUUUAGCAGUAAUUUUUUAGCAGCAAUAUUUUUUGCAUCCAUCCGAGUAAAGGUUCUGUGUGUUUGUGUAGUCAUUGCGUGUCCUAAUUUGGUUGUAUUUGGGUCUUUUUGCCUGUUUUUGUGUCUCAUUGUAAUCAUUUAUAUCUUUUUUUUCUAUCAGAGUUGUUUCUGUCUUUGUUCGUUUCAUUCAUUUGCCUUUUUUUAUGGCUUUGAUUUCUAUUUGCAUUCCUCUUGCAUUCCUCUUUGUUGUGAUUUUGUGUCAUUUCAUAUCUGGUACAUUAGACCAUUGCUUUGUUUUGUAUCUUUUUGGCACUUUGUGUACUUAAGGGCCUAUUUUGCAUCUCUUUUAAUUGCUUUUCUGCAUCUCUAUGUAAUUACUUUCAGUCUUUUUGUGAUUCUGUCCAGAUAUCCACUCUAUCAUUUUGAAUCUUUUGGGGGUUUGUGUAUUUCUGAGGAUGUUUUGCACCUUUACAAAAAGUGUCUUUUCUGUAACCACUGUCUUUCUUAGUGUGACUUCGUUAGACCCAUAGACUGUACUUAGAAUGGACGCCACCUGCCUCCUCGCUGGGUGAAGCCAUCAUGAGAACAGCACCCUCUGGUGACGGGCUGCAGCAUAGGUCAUAAAUCCCGCCUCCUCCAGCAAUCCCUAUGGAGCUGUGGACAAACUUUAGAAAUUUAUUACGCAGAAUAUAAAAUUUUCUCCCCCCUGGUUGCGAUGUUGACAUGUAGUUAUUGUAAGACUGGUUUGUGUUCAAGUCCUCUUUUUUCUGUGCAGGUCCAUUUUUAAAAGUUAUUCGUGGUUUCAUGUUUUCUAUGAUUGACACUUGAUCCAGCCUAUGGGCGUACAAAGAUUGCGCAGCUCACCCUAGGGAAACGCUGUUUGAGCACUCUCUGGGACUCUCCUGCCAAAUGCGUACAAUGCAACUGCGCAAGUGGUGGUUCCAGGAAGUGGAGAUCUCAUCCAAGUUGUCCAUAGUAUAUAUUGUACACUCCAUGAGUUUGACCUUUUAAUAACCAGAAGAGCAUUUAGAUUACGGUUCAACGAUUUAUUUUUUGCUUGAUUUUAUUUUAUUUUUCUUGUUAUUUUUCUUAUUUCUUAUGGUCAUACUCUAUCUUUGGGAGGCUGUUUUACAGCUGUUUUCAGUCAAUAUGUGUCUUUUUGUUUUUACAGGUUGUUUUUCCGUCAUUUUGCAGCACUUUUUGUAUUUGUCCAACCUUCUACCUUCUUUUACCAUCCCUCUUUGAAGUGGUUUUGUGUCUUUGUACCUAUUUGUGGCUUUAUUUGAGUGUCUUUGCACUUGGUUUGCACUUUCUGUGGCCACUUGUGUCUCUUUACAGUCACGUUGUAUCACUUCUUUAUAAUUUUCCUUUGUUGUUGUCAGUGUGUAUUAGUUUCCUUUGGUCUUUAAGCUUUUUUUUAGUAGUUUGAGUCUUUUAAAACCAUUUUCAGUCUCAUUUUCGAGACUGUUUGUCAAUCUUUCUUGCCUAAAACAUCAAACUUAAAAAGUCCAGUGCAACUUUGGUGCUAAAGCCAAAAAGUUGGUCUCACAGUAUCUACUAUGACACUUAAAGUCAUCGGGAAUUAAAGAGAGGUACUCCUGUUUAACUCGUAUGUCUUUUGUAUAUGAUAGGAAAAGUUUAGAGUAAGUAGUAUAUAAACAAUAUAAACUAUAUAAAGUAGAUGACUAGAUUCCAGAAAUCCACCUGCAGCAGCUGAUCAGUGGCAGAAGAAGACCUCAUGAUACUGCAGCUGCACGUCUUUCUCUCUGUGGAUGUGGAUUCACUUUCAAAGGACGAGCGACCAAAAUUCAUUUCAGGGUGAAUCUGUUGCCGUAACGAUUCGUUAGCAGAACACAAGCUGGUGAAUGUGCUGAAAGAUCCUCAGUGCUUUCCUCCCUGAUAGGAGAGAAGGGAGGAGGACUGAGGAGCUCUCGGACUUGGUACUAGACUGCCCCCUUGUGGUGAGAGUUUAAAAGUGGAAUCAUGCUGAGGUCGCAGGGUGUGGCAGUGGUAGAUUUUGAUAUGAUCCUUAAUGGACACAGACCAAACACAGAAACUAAGAGAACAGAGGGAAUAUUUAAAAUGUGAAUAGAAAGUGUGGAUGAAUUUCAAGUUAUUCAUACAGCCUCUUUCCCUCUUUAAGAGGAUUUGAUUUGUAUGUGUCACAGUGCUGCUUUGAAAGAGUGGAUCUUAUAGAAAAGAUGGUGUCAUUUGAUAUUUGGAGGAUGUUAAAUUUGUUUCAUUCAGACCUUGUUUUCUCUUGUACUUCUUCAUUCUCAGCCAGCAGUGUCCCGUAUCUCUUUUUCCCUUUGUGAAUAUUUCCUCUGCUAUGAUAUUUUUCUAAAAUUUCCAUCCCAGAGUUUCACGCUUAGAUCCAACUCAGUGAGCUUUUCGUGCCUCAGCUCCAGCUUGUUAAGAAAAGCAGCAGAGAUUUCCUCCCGCACCGAGUCUCUAAUCAUUUCCAAACCUGGUGAGCACCAACAGGGAUUUCAGCUCCGAGUUUUUCUCUGAAAAAAGAGGGAAAUUAGGUCCAAGCAUCGGUCUGCUUGGUCCUUUUAGUGCUGAAAUAGGGAUGAAAAUAAUAACUGUAGCAUUGAAGCUUUUCUUAGAUCAUUUUGCAGCAGUGGCCUAUACAAACUGAACAUAACUUCAGCUCUUUACAGGCAGUGCAACAUAACAAAAAGCUUAGAAACUUAAAAAAAAGAGCUGUUUGUGGUGCUUAACAUGUAGCUGGUAAAGCCAUAACUGCAUUCACCAAGGUUUUUGUCCUCAUUGUAUUCAUUUCAGAGUCCAUUUCUGGUCCAAACAAGAUUUGUGAAUGUGUUCCCACUCUUCCUCCACACUUAAUAAAAGGCGAAACUUUUACAAAAUAAUCAGUAAAUCCCGUAUCAAUCAAUCAGUCUGGAGGUCGAAUAAAAAAUAGAAUAAAAUUACAGGAUAAAUAAAUAAGAAGGGUAUUAUAAGAUUAGUCAAAGACAAAAUUUAGUGAAAAGCCAGAGUGAAAAGGUGGCUCUUAAGUUUUCUUUUAAAAAUACUGAUACUCUGUGACACUCUCAGGUCUGCAGGUCAGCUGUUCCUCAGAUGUGGGCUGUUAUAAUAAAAAGCUACCUCACUGUGAGUCUUGUCUUGACUUUGAGCACAGUUAAAAGACCACUACCUGAAGACUUUGGGGAUCUCACAGGCUCAAAUGAUUGGAAGAAAGUCUGAUAAGUUGGAGCCGCACCACAAGGUCCUUUAAAAACCAGUGAAAAGAACCUCAAAAUCAGUUUAACAGAAACUGGAAUCCAAGCCAGACUUGAAAAUUGGUAUAAUGCGGGCUCUCUUUCUAGUCUUUGUCAGCAUUCCUUACAGCUGAGUUAUGCAGGAAGAUGUUCUUCUUAGAAAGACCAAGAAAUAAGAGCGUCACAAUUGUCAGUUCUGCAAGUUAUAAAAGCAUGAACUAACGUCUCUACAUAGACUUGAAAGAAAAUCCAUUAACACUCUGGAAAUGUUUUUCAAGUGUUAAAAUCACUUUUAAGUGCUGCCCUUGUCAUGUGGCUCAAAACUCAGGUCUGAAUCAAACUGAGACUCUUGACCUGCUGACAUUGAUUAAAAAGACCGUGCUUUGAGCUUUGGUGCUGGAGCUCAGAAAGAGAAACUAAACACAAUGACCACAACCUGGCUGAGCUAUAAAAAGUCAUCUGCCAGUUAUGACUCGAUAUUGAAAAUACAGUUAUAUCUAGGGCUGCGCGAUAAACUGAAAAUUUACUGACACUGAAAUUUACGACAAUAACUGACAUCAUUUUGCCCAUGUCAAUAGUUCCGUGUCAAAAUAAUAAAGAAAUAAAAGCUGGUUUUGGAUGUGUGUCCACCCCAUCCAGUCCAUAACAAAGAGGGAAGACAGGUGAGGAGAUGGAAGACGGUUCAAAAGUUGGAGCGGAGCGGCGGCUGAAGUAGAUGAAGUUAAUGUAGGAAGGGGUGAGCAGUUUGUGGAAUAGUUAUCAUCCAUUUAUCGUUAUCGAGGUGAACUGCUCAAUAUAUCCUGAUAUUGAUUUGAAGCCAUAUCACACCAGCCCUUGUUAUAUCUACAUCUUAUAUCUUUUAUCUUAUUUGUAAGUUCAGCCAUUUUCAACCCAAAAGAAACAGCUAUGACAGUUUUUCUUGAUUGCUAAGAGACGUUCUUUAAAACUAUCCACCCUUUCCUCCAAACAGUGAACACAAAGCCUCAGAUUCCUCUGACAAAAUCAAACAAUCAUAUCCAAACAGUUUCGUCUGUGCUCAGAAUCAAAAGUUUCUGCAUCACAAAGCAGUCAAAAUGAAAACACAACUGAGUUGGCAUCACGCACAACACCACAAAGUAGAAAAUAUGGGAAUCAGGGACUGAUCCAAAAAGAGAGUUUGCUUUUCAAACCACAGUGAGCAAAUACAGUUUUACUAAUGCUAAAGUCACUGAAAAUGCAAUUGUGCUUUCUUACAGACAUGUAAAGAAACUGUACUCAGACCUUUGUGGGGUUGAUUCACCAUCAGAAUCAGCUAUGUGUUUCUUGAUAGUAAGUGUUAUGUCCCAUAUAUGGAUGGCCAAGAUAUAACAUGCAUAAGAUCCAUUUCUCCCAAGUCCCAGGUAGCCACAACGACUAAUAUUCUAAAGUGAGAGGACAUAAAAAUGUAUUAUCAGGAAUGAUAAUAGUUCAUAAUAAUUAGAAAAUAUAUUUAGAUUAACUUUGGGUUGAUUUAAGGUCCAAAAAUAACAAACAAACAAUUAUGAGAGGUAAAGUAACUGAUCAAAAUAAUCAAAGAAACCAAAAUACAGGCAUUUGAGGGGAGAAAGCCACAUAAACACAAACACAUCCAACACAAGCAAAUGAACAGAGACAAAACAGAGAGGAAAAAUGUGCUGUGACCACAGUGGUGACACAACAAAGACUGUAUGCAGUGCUUUUCAAAGAUUGUGAACACGAAGACAGAUGUCUACAAUGUGAUUGGUCUUCCUUGUGUUGUUUGACCUCUGACACACACUCUUCCUCCUCUGCCUUUCAGAUUGUCUCCAUCCAUCUUUGAUAUCAACUUUCAGCUCACCUGCUCUCUGAACUAUCUUAUAUUUUCAUCACUUUCGGUUCCAACAUGUUUUUCCAGUUUUAAGUUAAAUUGUGUAAACUGUAACACCGGUGCUGUAACUCUGAUUAACUUCUGACACCACACUUUGGCGCCACAAUCACAAUCUUCAAAGCGUGUCUUAUAAGGUCAUAAUGGCACACAUAUGCCUACGCCACACCUCCACCAAGCCUUUCAUGGCACUCACUCUUAUAUAAUGACAUUCAGCCUCGACAUCUCUGUCCAUCAUGAGGGAUUAUGAUGUAAAUAUAAUGUGGUCAGUCUUUCCAUUUGUUGGAGAAUCCUUAGAUUACACAGAUGGCCCCAUAAUCUGUAACCAACUUCAUAAACAUAAUCCAGUUUUCUGGGAGUAAUCUGGUUUCACAGCAGGUCUUGACACAGGUAGUUGUUGUAGACAUAUUGUAACUGUAUGUAUCAUUACCUGUAUUGAUCAACAUGGGCCCAUAAAGCAGAUAGUAGUUAGUGACUGGCUGUUGUGUGGACGUGUCAAAGGAGUGGCAGUUUUGUUUUUAAUCAACUGGAUGUGAACUAGGCGGCACUGGUUGGAUUAUGUGGGGGAAUCUUUGCAUUACUUUUAUUUACAUGUAUGCAUCUAAUAUUAGGUACACUUGGAUACAUUUUGCAUUCAGGAGAGAGAUGUUAUAGGCACAGAUUUUUUGUGAAAGGUAAAGUACAGCAGGUAAAUUUAGAAAUAGAGUUAUAAUCUGCAAAAACUCAAAUCUAGGCAUGUGUUUUUGUUUUACUUCUAGUUAAAGAGUCUUAUUGAACUUAAUAUGUGCUAGAGUCUAGAUAAGGCCAAGUUACUUUAAAAGAGUAAACAUAAUGUGACAGCGGCAGACAAAAACAAACUGUCAAUUUAUUUUUAAAGCAUUAAAGUUUCCUGAAAUGAGAAUAAUUUCUUCAGUCAACAACUCAACAAAUACAGUUUUAUUCGUUGUAACAAGAAAUUCAAGUCUGAACUCAUUAGCACUUGUACUUUGCAAGGCACGCUUCGCAGAACUUAUUCCUUCUUUGCAAACUCCAAGCACAAUCUCUCCCACUAAAGCACAUUUGAAACACAUUCUGUGCUGUGAUGGACUUUGAUGCAUAAAGGUAACCACAGGUGUCAGAGGUUAAACACAGUUACAUACUCUGGCUCUAGAGAUUUGAUACCACUAAUACAGAAUGAGGCAGUUCAGGGGUACAGGUGAGCUGAAGGUUGGUAUCAAAGAUGGAUGAAGAAAAGGUGAGAGACAGAGGAAGAGGAAGAGUGUGAGUAGAGGUGGUAGACCAAAGGAUGAGGGCACAAAGAAUAGAGUGUGACUGUCUCUGCGUUUACCAUCUUUGCAGAGCGCCGCUUGUGUGCUAUCUUACAAUGAGAGAUUCUUAAAGUCCCACUCCCAACAAUUUUUUAAAUUUUUUUAUGACUUUAAGUGUUGUUAAUGGUCCUUAAAUUGUGAUUAUUAAGUUUUCACUUUACCUGUUUCAUUUUCAAGGGCUUUUCUUCUGCAGAGCUCCAGUAGCUCAUUAGCAAUUCGCCUCUGAGUCGUGGGCCGAGACAGCGCUGCUCUGCACACUCCUCUUCAUGCUAGCUUGUAGCCUAACAUUGCCGGUGCAGCAGAAGUAGCAGGUAACAUAGCAGCUAUUCAGCUCUCGGACACUUUAGGGGCAUGAUCAAAGUUAAUAUCAUAAUUAGGUUUCUUACAAGCAUUGCAGUCCACUAACGGACAAACUUGUUCCACAAUUGUCCUUUUUAUUUCUCCGAGUCUAGCUUGCAUAGCGGGGAUCCAGGGGCGGAGCGUUGAUUUGCUGGGUAGGAAAUCUCACUGUAUCUGAACCUGCCGUUUGGGUCUGCCAGAGAUUCAGCAAUUUGGAUGCAGAAAUACUCAGAAAUGUAAUUUUGCACUUAGUUUUUUUUGUCCUGUAGCAUCAGAAAAAUGUUAUACGAACAUAUAAAAAGCAAGAAAAACAUGAUUUUUAUCGGAGUGGGUCUCUACAGUAAAGCCCGGUUUAGACCUAUGCCACUGGACAAUAAGCAUAUGUUUGUCGCCAGAUGCACACCUCCUCAAAAUAUUAUUGGUUAUCAAUACGAUGUGGACUGCAAGCCCUGUGAUUGGUCUACUUGUCAGCAGAUAUUUCAGGAACAAGUUCUGCUCUUGUUCCUGUCCUCUCUGUCCUGUGGGAGUCAGGUUUACAUUGUGGUUUUGUUACUCAGAUUUUCCAACACUGUUAAUUUGACAUUACUCUCUGGCAAGAACCCUGCCCUCUUCCUCUGCAGCCAUUUAUUCCUUCUCCUCUGACAUCUCCACUCUUUUUUUCUAUGCAAGAAUAGAAGCAUGAUCACAACAUGCAGUCCAACAUAAAUACUGUAUAUUAGGCUGGGAUUCAGCCAUCGUGGUUUCCCGUACUCAAACAAGAGGGCAACAUAGGAGGUCCAAAAACCGGCGAUAAAGUAAGCAUAGACAUCACAUAGCUAGCUAGCAUUCACAUGGAGUACUGCAGAGGAACUUACACUCAAACACACAAACACAUUAUUUAUCUGGUGAUUAACAUAUGUUCUGUUAUUGCUUCAUUAAACAAUGCAAUCACGUGUUUUUUUGGACAUUGUGAAGGUUUACAGAGCAGCACAAUAAGAAAAUGUACAAUGCAGGUUUGCAGGGCAGCAUGAAUCCUGUGUGCAGAAAAGUGAAAUAUAAUGGAGUUCUUCAGCACUGUAAAGACUUUGUGACCGUACAAGGUCAUGUGAGGCAGAGUGAGAAGGGUGUGAGUGUGAAACACAGUAAAACCCCCAUUUUACCUGACAGAGUGAGGCUUGUUCAGCGUUCCUUCAAAUUAUGAAUUCAUAAAACUCUGUGUUUCAUAAAAAGGAGGGUUCUGGGCCUUUUUCAUCCAGACAGAAACAUGAGGAGGUUCAGUGGGCUGUGGCAGCAUAUGUGCCAGUCGUGACCUCGAUCCCUAAACAACGCAUGUUAUAUUACCGCAAUGAUUCUCAGCCAUGUAAUAAUCCCCUGUGAGCAGAUGCAGAGAUCUACAAGCUUCAUAAACCUGAACCCAGACAAAAAUUACACUUUUCUAUCUCUGUCGGUGCUCUCUGGUGUGACUCUGCACCCCGAGCAGCAGGGUAAUAGAUAAGGCAGGCAGGUGUGGAGAUGUGCAUUCAGGUGCUGGUAGGUGGUGUGUGCUCAUGUGUGUGUGCAGCGUCACCCAGACACCCAUCUUCAGGGUACAGGGAGGAUUUACAGGAACACUGGCUGUCUGCCACUAAAAGGCUCCAAUAUGACACCUGAAAUCCUUCAUUUGCCUCUGUGCAGGAGUAAUUUCAGGUAAUAAACCCACCUCUUUGCCUGCAAGGAUUUUUUGUCAACACCAUUUUACAUCUGAGGCAAUUCUGCAGAACAGCACUCCCAGGCUGAGGGCUGCCUCUAAAAGCAAAAUAAUGAGUCUGUAUUACUAUCCAUUACAGCGCAAACACAUUCCUGCUUCACUGUUUCUGCCUGUGACGUGCCCGAGCCUCUGUGUUCGGCAGGAGAACGAGCACAUUGCAAAACGUCGAGGCGAAGCCAAUUAGCCACAUCCUUGGCGUGCCGCGUCUGCACGCCCUGCAGGAGGCCUUCAUAGUCAGACAGCACAACAACACUCCCUCCCACAGACACAUACACACACACACAAACGAGGCUUUCAGGAGGAGUGGCGUAAACUGCACUUAGCCAUCAAUAGUCUCAUCCUCCAGAACCACACAGUGUGAGAGACAGAGGGGGAAAAGACGGUUUAAUCCUGGCCUUAAAACCUGGUAAAAAUAGGACUGGGAGUAGAACGCAGCAGAUUAGGCCAAGGGAUUAACUCGCCAUUUGUUUUCUAAGAGCAUCCGGUGCUGGAGGUGCAAGAGGAGAGGAGAGGAAAGGAGAGGAGAGGAGAGGACAUAGCAGAGGUGAGGAAAGGAAAGAGGAGGAAUGUAAACAACCAAUUUAAGCAAAGGAGAGGAGGUGAAACAGGAUUGGAAACAAGGAGAAAGGACAGAGAGAAAGUGAGACAAGAGGAAAUCAAAUUAAAUUAAUCUUAUUAAUCAGUAAAGAGGUUAAACUCCUGCUGUGUGCUGUUUACCUGGUGUCACCUUCUCUAGAACAACCAAGGCCAUAGCCGCACCUGGACCUCCUAGAGAGGCAUGGUUAGAAGUAAGCCUUCACAGUCAAGCCAAAUAGAUUUAGGAAACACCCUCAUUAUGAUUAUCUGGGCCUUAAAAUCCGUGCAUCAGACUGCUUUGAGCUUCAAUAAAAGUACUGAAAAAAAACCUGUUGAUCAUUUCAUGCAAUCCGAAGUCCAAAUGCUCUUCAGGGUGGAUGAGUUUUAGGGUCACAACUCCACUGAAAUGAAACGAAACUAUCAGAAGGUUUUAAAAGAGGAGAAAAUGUCUCGUCGCCACUUUUAGAGGCUAUUUCUUUCAAGGAGGCAGCUGCUUUUAUGUGACUGUCCAGUGGCUUUGUAAGAUUAAAAAGAGCAUGUCCACUAAAUUCUAAUAUACUGCGAUGAUAAAGGAUAAUAUUCUGCUAGAGUAUGGUUCUACAUACACUCAGAUUAUCUUUAUCAGUUUGGUAGUAAACACAGUCACAUUCAGAAAAACAAACCUCGUCUCCAUAGCUACAGAUACAGUGUUUUCUAUCCAUCUGUGCUUCUUUUGUUGAACAUACAGGUUACAGGAAAACUCAGAGAGCUUGAAGAUGUGAGUUUUUUCUGUCAUCUCUUAACAUCAUGGUAUUGUCUUCUGGAAGAUGAGGACACUGUUAUCUUUUUCUCACCACAGACCUGCUUCAUCUCAGCCUCAAAACUAUUAUUUUAGACCAUCCUCAAGCUCUCCAUCAUGCACACUUUUUUUUAAUACGUGCAGAAAUGGACACACACUUACAAACAUAUGGUCAUACACAACUAGGAGCAUUUUUUCUGGUGCCACUGAUCAUCAUGCCCCUAGAUAUUAAUACAGAUUGAACAGUAUCCGUUAUGCACACCGUACAAAAUAAAACCAUGUUAUCCAGCUCCAAAAAUAAGAAAAUAACAGCCCUCUUUUGAAUAUGAAAUUACAAAAGAGAUACCUUACUUGUGUGAAAGGUAAUCACAAAAGUUCCUCUCUCUAAAAAAUGAGUUUAAACUCCAUCUGAUAGUCAGAGUUCACCAGCAGCAAAGUCGCAGAUACCCCCGGCGUAGAGGACAAACCGUAUCUCUGUUUCUGUUACUGCUGACUCAGCAUUCAUUAAAGCCAGCAGCGGACAGCCAAUGAAGCAAAGGGUGAAAACUUAAUGUUUCAAAGCAGACUCAAUUUCAGAGGGAGUUUUGGUUCGGGGCCAACAUACCUAAUAUUCUCACACUGCUCAAGGAAGUUAGAAACAGUAAUGCCCAUCUAUCUACACGGAGAGAAGUGAAUGAGCUGGAAAUACCAACACUUUAGGUAUGACGAACAGCUCCUGAUGGCCUUAAUAUCACAGGUUUUUCCAUUUAUGUGCAAUGUCCCGUGUCUGUAUGGCAUGCUGUAUAAAUGUGGCUCAUAACAUAAAAUCCAUAAGCUGCAGCUCUUUACUCAUAAGUCCUCCUAAAAGCUUUUUUAUGGGCACAUAUUGGAGUGUGAUUAAAGCACAUAUGCACACACAUUCUCCAUGUCUGUGCAAUUCAACAAGGCAAUAUCUUAACUUAUGCAGUGGUGAACAGAGCAUUAACUGGAAAAAAAGUGCUGCUAUUCCCAUCAUCCCCUUACUUAGAGGCGUGUUUAUCUUGUGGACAGAAUCAGUAAAUCUUUGUAUUACAAUCAAAAUUUGUAAAUAAAGAACACCUGAAGAUAAUGCUGAUUUACAUGAUUUACAUGUAUUGAAUAAAGUAGCUCAUAUUCUUUCAUAUUCUUUCCUUACAUUACCUGCGUUGCAAGCAUUAACGUGAUGAGUGUCCAAUAUUAUCUUGUUUUUUCAAUUGCAUGCUUUUGUUGCCUUCUCAGGCCACAGACUGUAUGAAAUAUCGAUGCAGCCUCAGCGACACCAUCUAUUGGUUUCUGAUUCAGAAUUUUGAAGCCUAUAGCGUAAAUGACAGUCACCAUAUUAGAAAUGCUGACUCAACGUAGCUCUAUAAUGCCUGACACCACAAAUUAUGGCCAGAAAAUUCCAUUUUUUUUGGAGCUGAAAUGUUUAUUUCACUUACGAGUACUGAAAACCACCAAAAAAUCAAAAAGUCCUUAAAAUUAUUGAUCUCGUUUGAUACAUUAGAUGUUUUUGGAAACUAAUAAACUACAAGAGGACAUUUUUAUCAUUUAUCGGACUGUAUUCAGGUGUAUUUUCAGUAACUUGUUCAUCAUAUUGAUUUAAUAGAAGUAUAUAAAAGUAUGUAUCAAAUAUGAUACAAAAGGCAUUAAAGGGUUAACUUUCAGUCGACCAAACAACAGGCAUAAAGGAACCAUUCAGGUUCAGGUGCCCACCUGUCAGGAAAGUCAGCUGUUUCCCUAAAAUUCCAAACUCAUAACUUUAUUACCUUCAAAAUGGAAGUAUUAUUAAAAAAAUAUAUCAUAUCCAGGAGCACCUCACAGUUUCUUCAUAUGUUGUUAUUUUGAUGUGCAGCCCACUCCAACUUCAAAACAGAUUAAACCCUCCCCCUGUGUUAGGGUCUGCACCGACCUGUUUUUGUUUUUAAAUGCUUAAAAGAACCACUUAAAUAAGUUUUAUUGUAUCAAGACUUUCCGACUUUGUCAGAAACCUCUAUUUCAACAAUAUAAAAAUAAAAAAAAUUAAAUUGACUUAAUUAUAAAAUGCUCUUAUUAAAAUAAUGGCACUUGUCGUGUUAGGGUCGCUGUUGACCCGAUUAGAUCAAUAUCUGAUAAUCAGAGCAAAAACUGAAAUCAUAUGUGCACUGUCCGGCACCACACUGACAGUCAGAUCCUUUUCCAACCAUGUGAAAUUUAGGAAAUUCUUAUUUUGCCAUGUUUUACCCUGUACAAAAAACAGCCUCAAGCAUGUCCAGACAUGUGAGAUCAGUUGAGUAUAGAUGUCUAUGUGAGGUGUGUACUGACAAAGAAAGGCCGAAAGACCCUCAACAAAAACUAUCAUUAGCAAUAUUUUCAUGGAUAUUGAAGCCUAACAAGGCAACCUAGAGAUGAGAACCAAACUGGAUGAAAGAGAAUUGUUUUUAGUGUAAUAUACAGCUGAUUUAAGACAUGGGUCAAAACUGACCCUUAACAUAGUGGGUGCGUAGUAAAAGCUAACACAGGAGGAAGGUUUAAAAGUUGCAGAGUUAGCAAAAGUUUUCAUGCACAUACAUCACCAUGUACAUUUGCAGAACUCGCAUGUUUAGCUGAGUCGCUGACUAUAAAAUAUAAAACAUAAACAUGAAAAAAAGAAAUAUAUAAACAUUUACCUUAGGGUGUUAUAAUUAAAUGGGGGGAAAAGAGAUGAAAUAGGCAAGGAUGGAUUAAGGUACAGUCUCAGACUGAAUAAUGGACAUGCACUUUUAUUACAGGGAUAAGGGAGAGGGAACAAACCACAUAUGGGAACAACCACAGAAUAGGAAAUCUGCAGGAUGUAUAGAGCUGCACAUGAGAAUACAAAAAUAGCCUUUAGCCUAUAAAAGAUGUGUAAUCCUCUAAAUUACAUUUAAACAAUUGCCAGGCAGCCUAUAUUUUAUGUAAUCUGUGUAAAAAGCACCAUGACACACAUCAACAUAUAUGGCCUUGUUACAUAUGCUUUCUUUCUCACGUGGGUCUAUGUGAAAAUGUCCCAGUUUGUCUGAAUGUGUUAAAUCGGUCGGAAAGAGACGUUGGAAUCACAAUGGGAGCUCCGGCUGCCAGAUCUCGCGAGAAAGAAACGCGGACCUUGCCCAAGAGUGUGAUGAGCAGUUAAUAAAGUCAUAAUAUUCAAUGUUGUCGUCUUCUUCGUCUUCAAACUAUCAGUAAUUUUCAUUCAAAAGUGUGAUGUGCUCAAUCUCACAGUUUCCAAAGAAGGAUUUCUAACAAGUGUUUUGAGUCUGUGUUCUAUUUUUGGUCCUAGUGGCUUUCCGUCUCCCCGCCCCUGUGUAUAAAAAAGCGGCUGCGCGGGCGCAGUCGGUCUUCUCCCACGUCAACCGGAGCAACUGCUUUGUGACUACACUCUACCGGAGGUUCAUUGUAAAGGUAAUGUCCGCUUUUUCUCCGUCUUAUAGGAAUUAAAGCCGACAUUAAAGGCGUGUGCAGUGUUAUGACUUUUGAGCUAUAGACACAGUGAGAUUUAAAGCCAUAGUUUGUCGUAUUUUCCAGAAACUACUUUUUUAGCAGGUGUGGUUUCAUUGUCAAACUUCCUGGCUCUGACAUAAUAGAAUGAUAUUAUUAGAGAGGUAUGGUUGGUAGUUCUUGAAGGUGUUACAUGAUAGUUUAGUGGUGUUGUUGCGCAGUGUGUAGGGUGUGUUUUCCGCUGAGCUGCAUUACUAUAAAAGAGUCUCCGCACUAACGCGCUAACAAAGACCAUGUGGCGAAGGAGUGUGGAGGCCCGGGCCUGUCCUGACAGCUCUGCAGGCAGGGGACGCUCUGCUCCCCUGCGGCCCUCAGGUCACAUUAAUCAGCUCGUUUUGGCUCGUAGGUACUACUCAGUAAUUAGAUGUCUUCACCCUAUCCUUGACUCUGAUUUGGCCUCCUGUCAAAUGCACCCUGCAGACUGAACUUCCUGACAUCACGGCCGGCAAAGUCCACUUUAGCCUCAAUGGUGCACGUGGCGCUGCGCGAGCCUAGAUAGCUAAUUAUAAUAAAUAAUCGUGCAUCUUGGCGCAUCAUUGCAUCGGUCUUUAGAUGCUGUGUCAAUGUGCAUCGAUUCGUCCGAGGUGCCCCUCCUAUAGGACGCUGGAGUUGGCCCCUCCUAUAGGACGUCUGAUUCAUUGUAACCUACGAUAAUAAAACUAGGGCUGCAACUAACGAAUAUUUAAAUAAUCGAUGAAUCGGUCGAUAUUUUUUCGAUUAAUCAGUUAGCAUCUUAUUAGCAGCGUCUGAUUCAUUGUAACCUACGAUAAAAAAAAAAUUGGGCUGCAACUAACAGUUACUUAAAUAAUCGAUUAAUCGAUUGUUAUUUUUUUCGAUUAAUCGAUGAUUUAGUUAGCAUCUUAUUUGCAGCGUCUGAUUCAUCGUAACCUACGAUGAUAAAAUUAGGGCUGCAACUGACGACUUUUCUAAUAAUGGAGAGAAAGUAAAAAUCCAGAGUGUUUUAGACACCUGUUAAAAACUUUUUCCAGAGCUUAGUUUGAUUGUUUGUUUGAAUAAUUAAGUUUAUGAAAGAGGAAGAAAACUGUCUCAUGAUCAGGGAGUGGUUCAUAGCAGGGCUGAGUUCAGAGCUGUGUGUUUUUAUAGCAAAACGGUGUAAAUUGUCUUGGAUACACAACUGUGUGACAUUCAUUCAAAAACACUUCAGAAAAGCCGAGGUAUAGAGUAGCUGGAUCAUAGUAUACAUAUUCAUGAGCAUCUUUUCAGCAGUGAGGAGCAUUUACCUUAUUCACUUGUUUGCACAGGUAGGUGAAGCCAUUAUCCCAAAACCAUCAUCAUGCUCCAAGUUAAUGCAGUCCCGAGAGAAAGUUCUGCUCUUGUCCCCGUCUUCUCUGUCCUGUGGGAGCCAGAAUUACAUUGUGGUUUUCUUACUCAGAUUUUCCAUCACUGUUAAUUUGCCAUCUCUCUGGCAAGUACUGACUUGUAUGCAUAAUGAUGUAAGCGUCACACCUUUGGUAACGUAUUUUAGUUGCGGUUAUGUAUGGGCGAGAGAAAAUGUAACAUGGAGAGGACAGGAAAGAAUACAGGUCAGCUGGUAAGCCAAAGUCCAAAGUAGUGGUGCUGUGUUCCAGCUCACUUUAAACUUAUAUAAAGUUUUUAGAGUUUUAAAUAUCUGAAAGAAAAUAAACUUUUUUCAUGAUAGUCGCUUUUGUAGAGAUGUCUGAGUUCCUUUAACGGGGAUGGGUACAAAAACAUUUUAAUUUCCACCCAUUAUUUCAAAAAGGAACAUUUGAACUGAGAGAAAAUGAGUGCACAAAAAAGAGGAUGGGACUUGAAUGUUCUGUUCCAAUAAUAUUAAAUGAUAAUUAAAAAAAAAAAAAACUGAGUGCUCACAACAUUGUACGAUAAAAUCCUGAUGUGAUUAUUGUCAUCAGCACCACCCUGAGGGGUUGCGAUUGAGACCAACUUUGAAGGCAAUCUGUUUUAGGGUGCAGUAUUUUUACACUAAAAUGUCAAUAUUUGGCACAAGAAGUACAACAGUUGCACUACAUGAGUCAGGACCAUGAUGCAUUGCAGUUAUUUUAAUUUCCUUGAGGGGACUCUCCCAAAAGCAUCAAUAAGUUCUGUCUGAUCAUUUUUUUUUGUCCCACCCUUAUUUGACUAAGAGGUUUGGCAGUACAUGAAGUGAAGACAGGAGGAGACGAAGACUAAGGGCUCUGCUUUUCAUUAUGAGGUUCUGGGUUCGAUAUAAAAGCUGUCGUCUGUUUUGAAAGAGUACAGAUGAGGAAACCUCCAUUGACUCAAUGUAUGAGUGUUUUCAGGGACUUCCUGCAGCUGUGAAUGAAUCAUAAAAGAGAAAAUGACGAGUGGAAGCCAUUGAUAGAAAUAACUCUUGCUUUCUGCAGACUGUCUGCGGCCUCCUUCCGCUCUUUUAAUCUGCACAGGUAACUUCCUUGUUGGACAGAUUUGCCAUUCCCUGUCCUCUUGUUUGGGAAUCACAUUAGAUUAUAGUCCAAGAAGCUGGCUUUGAGGGUCAGAAUCAGGAUUAUGCGCUUGAGAUCUAAGCUGCGGUGAUGUAUCUUUGUCCAGCAUUAAUGAUGGUGUGUCACUGUGUGAAAAGAUGCCAGGACUGAGUGUGAGGCUGCCAGGGACAGCUCUCUGUAGGUGUGACCCUUUUUAAACAAAUUGGCUAUAAUCUUAUUCGUUGUGCUUUGAAAUGUUAUUUAUGUAAAAGAAUAUUUACUGAAGAAAUAAAAUCACGUGCAUCUUAAAGCAGUGGAUGUUUCCCUGCUCCAGCACACCUGAUUCAAAUGAUCAGCUCGUUAUCAAGCUCUGUAAUGGCUUACUGACGAGCUAAUAUUUGAAUCAGGUGUGUUGGAGCAGGGAAACAUCCAAAACAUGCAGGACAAUGGGCCUCAAGGACUGGACUUUAGAACCACUGUCUUAGUGUUUUUUGCUAUUUUGGCUAAGCUGCAACAAUAAAUCCGAAUUAUGUCUCAGAUUUAUAGAAAAAUAAUGUAGAGCUCGAGGACUUUAUGAAUUAAUAUUUUAAUGUCAUCUACUGCAAAUUAAUUUGUUGGAAAAAUGUCACAGGGAGCUCCAAAUCUUGACAUUUGAGCUGGUGGAACUCGUGUGUUUGUGUCCAGUGCUUUUUAAAUAUAGCUUUUGUAUCUAUUGGCAGAUCAAUUGAUUAAUUUAAUUACCCUUUCAACUUGUCACCCCGUCUGACACACAGUCAGCAGGAAAUCAUAUAUUAGAGGCUCACGAGAAACCGUGUGAGGAUAAAGGUCUUUACCUCGUGGGCGUGGCUGCAUCUCAAAGUCAAGUAGUCAAGUUGCAGCUCUCGGAUUCACACUAACCUUUGGCGAGUGUCUUCUAUGUUUAUCUGCGUGCUAUGGGGUCGGUGCCCUCUGCACCCGGCCCCAGACCUGCCAUACGUGCCAAAAGCGACAACAAGGAGUGAGUGCUUCUUUUUCUUCUCUUUCCUGCAGCUGUGUCCUCCUGUGCUAACCUUUUUUUUUUUCUUUUUUUUUAUCUCCUUUUUGUUUUCAGAAUCAUGUCUGACCUGAAGGAACGCACAUUCAUCGCCAUCAAGCCCGAUGGCGUGCAGAGGGGCAUCAUUGGAGAGGUCAUCAAGAGGUUUGAACAGAAGGGCUUCAAACUCGUCGGGAUGAAGAUGGUCCAAGUGAGUGAUGAAUUGAUAUGUUGCAUUUUUUUGCACAGGAUUUAAAAAAAAAACAAGCCGCUUCCAUAAUAUUGAGUGUUAAUAAUAACCCUGCACAGGUUAUAAACACACUCAUGUGAGCGCAGAGUGAGCGUUAAGACCUCCUGUGAGCUGAUUAGCCUGCUUGUCUAUUCCUGACCGCCGCGCAGCAGAUUAGCACAGAGAGGUGAGGUCCCUGAUCCUCUAACUUCUGAUCUGGGACCGAGUGGGAUGCUGCUAACUUUACCAUGAAGUCUGAGUCAUUUAUAAACGUGCAUUAUGUAAGGAGUAUUAUAACUUAUAUGAAUGUCCAUCCUGUGGACUUCACCGCCGAUGAAUGUCCAGUUACAGGUACCUGUUAUGAGGACAGGAGGUUUUUUUUUUUUUUUGUGUUAUAUAUGUAAUUUUAAAGAAAAACACUUGAAUUAUCUCUUUACUCCAUCUAGCAUCCAAACAGAAGUAGGAAGAAGGACAUUUGUUAUGAUCUGUUUUUGUUCUGCAUGUCAUAAAACAGGGUUCCUACACAAGUACCGGAUAGGAUGGAAGUAGUUUGAUCAAGUUCCAGGUCUUAAACAGUGAUAAAUAUGAAAUAAAGUGUGGAAAAAUAUCUGUUUCGAGAAUAUUACCACAAUUCUAAAACAGUUUUCUAAAAAAAAAAAGAAAAGUAGGUAUUUCCAAAAUCAUUCUAAAAAGUAGGGUAUGGAAAUUCCAACUGUGUAGGAACCCUGGAAAGUUGGGAUUUCAGCUCAGGGGUUUUGCUGUUUUUCACCUUGUGUGACUUGAGCCUAAUAUUAGAGUGAGAUAUGUAGACCAUGUGACCAGAAGUCUUGUAAGGUUGCCGUGUCAGCUGAGACAGAUCAAACAGGGUCUUUCAGAGGCUUCAGCGCGUAAGCCCGGAGGAUGAUUUACACCUCACGAUGAGGGGCUUCCUCGUAAGUCAAAUCCUGAAAAGCGGCUUCCGUGCCCGUGACGAGCUCCGGUUGUAGCAGAGCGAAACGCAUCAAUGACACACUGAAAAAACACUCUGUCUUUACAUUUUCAACAGAAAACAUCCACAAUGACCAUAUUUUUAGUCUGAAAAUCCUGCCUUAGCAUGUACAGAACAAGAGCAGCAAAGCCACAGGGUGUUAUCUUGGCUCUCAAGGGACACCAGAGUCAGCAGAAACCAGAAGUUCCUCACAGCAGCUCUAAAUAAAGUGUCCUUCUGCAACAAAACUGCAUGGUCAGUGUUUUAGCUCUGGAGCUUUUCUGAUUUCAUUAGUACGGUGGCUGAGAACCGCCACUGCUGCAAAAAAAGAAUGCAACAAAAAAAGUCACAACUGAAGCCUACUGCAAAUAAAAAAAGAAACUGUGCGGAUAAAAAGCCACAAUGGAAGUUAACGGCGCUAAAAAUAGGAGUGGCAAUGGAAAAAAAGUUACUUGAUGCGAAAAUAAAAGGAUGCAGAUAAAAAAAAAAGCCACUUCGGAAGUGGGCUGCCGGGGACCAAUAAUGAUAAUGCACCGGUAUUUUAUGAUCCAGCAUCAUUAUUGGUCCCUGGCAGCUCACUUCAGUUGUGGCUUUUUUAAAAAUUGGAUCCUUUUUAUUUUCGCAGUAAGAAACUUUUUAUUUGUUUUUUGUUUUUUUUUCCAUUGUUAACUUCCAUUGUGGGUUUUUUUUUUCUUUUUUAAAUCUGCACUGCUUCAAUUUUUAUUUGCAGCAGGCUUCAGUUUCUUCAUUUCUUUUUUAAUUUUUUUUAUUUAUUAAUUUUUGCAGCAGUGGUGGUUCUCGGCCACCAUACAUUAGUGAUGAGUAUUUUUACACCACACUGAGAUCUCACCUCUAGGACAAACUCUCCUUGUUGUUGAUCCUUUUGUGUAAAGAAAUCUGAGGCUUUAACAUGUCCAGCUCCAUGGUAACAGAGUAAACUCAGUCUUUUAAAAGACGGUGUGUAAUAGGAUCUCCUCACCUUGUACAGUGUGUGAAAUUGAGAUUUCAGUGUCUGAGAAGUGACCCCUAUUGUGUUCCCCCCCUCUUUGUUACAGGCGUCUGAGGACCUCCUGAUGCAGCACUACGCUGACCUGAAGGAACGACCAUUCUUCCCCACUCUCAUCAACUACAUGAGCUCCGGUCCAGUGGUUGCCAUGGUAAGAGACAACAGAGCAGACUUUCUUCAAGAGCUUGUGUGGUUUCCAAUGAGCCUGAAGGGCCUGAGCUCUGAAUAGGAGUCAUGAGGCCUCAAACCGGCUCUGCUGCUGGGCUGUUGUGGAAAAAAAAAACAACCUCAAUUUCUCCGCUGGUACAGAGAAGAGUCAGAGGUUGGCUAUUUUUAGACCUGGCCCUUAUUUUUACACAUCUGAAGUAGUAAGACCCUGUUAUGGAUACAUGGAACCCACAGGAGGAACAAAAAAACAAAUGGUACCUCUAGUAGAAGUCCUUGUUUCUGAACUAUAGGCUUCAUUGUCGCACAGAAUUAGACGGGAAAAGAUGAUUUCUGUAAAACAAAUGUUGUAUUUUCGGUUCCAUUACUAGACUUGUGAUCAAAAACGUUUUAAAUGAACACUUAAUGUCUUGUACUGCGGGUGAUUCUCAUGACACUUCACCGCCCUGCUAUUAGCUUGUCUUUGUAGCCUCUGGGAAUAUGACAAAUUUUUAUGUUUGAACAGGAAUUUAACUAACAGACAACAGAGCAGUCGAAAGGCUGGAUACACUCGAACUGUCAAAACUGGCUCCUAUUAGCAGAGCUGGAACCUCUAUCCCUCAGUCUUCCUUGUUGGUGUAUGUCCACGUGUCUUUUUACAUUAAACAUAUGACGUAAUCUCCAUUUUCUAGAUUAAAAUAUUGUUAAAUCAUCUGUCAUCAGUGCUUGUUUGCAUGUGCAUUAUGCUGUGCUGCAUGUCAGACCUUAAACAUUCAUUAUUUAAUGAAGUAGUGAUUGGUGGGUCUCUCAGUGAGGAUGACCUGAAUGAUUAACAAAGCAGGAUGAGAUAACAGGAAAAACCCUCUUGAAAGCCAUCUUGUAUAAUGAGCAUUUGAUCCUGUUGAAAUGCAAAAGCUGCUUUCUCGACCGCAGACUGUGAUCAUUUGUUAUAUUAUCUAUGGCGACUUGUAAUCUGUGUACAUCACACUCUGCGGUGUUGAAAUGCUGCUGAAUAAUGAGGUUUGUAGAUUCAUGAUAAGUAGGUGCCGUGCACAUUUUAAAGAUGUUUAAGGAGAAAUGUCAUCACAUGAGUCCAAAGCAUAUAUUGAAUUGUAUUUUAGGGCGUGGGUGUGAUCGAUGAUGGCUUAUCUGUUUUGGUGCCGAUCACAUCCCUGCAGACACGCACACAUAGUUCGUUUUUCUUAGUCAUAGGAAAUGAGAGUGCUAAGGUUUGGUUUGUAUCGAGCAAUGUUUAAUCAUUCAGCCCUUAUUUAUUUAUUUAUUUUUUUACCAAUUGAUUAUUUCCUGUCCUGUCAGCUCAGCUUGUUUAAUCUCCCAUCAUCCCUCUGCUCUGUCUGUACUCUCCAGGUGUGGGAAGGCAAGGGUGCUGUGAAGACCGGCAGAGUGAUGCUGGGUGAGACCAACCCCGCUGACUCAAAGCCUGGAACUAUCAGAGGAGACUUCUGCAUCGAUGUUGGCAAGUGAGUGUGCCGCUCUACCUCCAACAAAGACCAAAUCUAAAGCCUGAGCACUGGUCCAUCAUGGGCUUUAUAGACAGACUUUCAUAACCUUCACAUGCUGAAGGUCCUUACACGCUAGGAAGUUUUAGAUGACUAAAAUGUGACGAGAGGAAUGUGCGUUUACGUUGACGAGACUAGACGAAAACGUUAGUGGUGGAUGACGAACAGAGUUGCAAAAUUGAUGAGCAUUUCGUCAGUCAAACGCUAAACAUAGAUUCUGCAGUGCUGUUGACGAUGACGAAAAUAUUUCGUCAUCGUCAACGAAAACAACACUGAUAAGGACUUUUUUUUUUUUUUAUAAGGGUUUUGACAGUAACAGGGAAAGACCUCCUGGUCUGAGUGUUGGGAUGGGGUCAUGAUAAACUGAUGGUAAUGGUCUUCAUUCUUCUGUUUUCUUUAAGGAACAUCAUCCACGGCAGCGACUCAGUUGACAGUGCCAACAAGGAGAUUUCCCUGUGGUUCAAGGAUGACGAGCUGGUCAGCUACACGAGCUGUGCCUUCAGCUGGCUCUACUAAACCUCUCAGCCCUCCUGCGUCCUCACAAACCGGGUGUGGGGGGACCAGUGACACUCUUGCCUCAGUUUUCCUCUUUUUUUUGCCCCUAGCCGAGAGGGCAGAAGAGCUGAUGUGUGAAGUUCAUGACCCACUGUCCUCACAUUCCCAUCAACCCCUCCACUCAUCGUCAUACUGUACGUGGAUGUGGUCCUUAAGGUCCAACUCUACCCGGGUUCAUUCCUGACCUCCAUUCCUCUUUUAGAAACAUUCCAAUCAUCACAUCGAUGUACAGUUAAUGACUUUAACCAGCCUUUGACUGUCAGUUUUGUUGAAUCUGCUUUCCAAUAAAACUGCACACAACACAAA